AUGGAGUUGAGGAUUUCAAUGGCGCGGCUCCACCACCUUCUCUCCCGCGCGCUCUCCUCCCAAUGCCUCAUUCGCCCCUCUCCGCCCCCUUCGUCAGCGCGCCCGACUCUCCCGCUCCACUCUCAGCCUCCUCGUCCCCAUGGUCGCAGCCUACCCCCUUUCCUCGCCGCCGCCUCGCGGUACUACGCGUCAUCCAUAUCCAGACGGCGGCGGCGCGGGUCGGCGCCGCCGAUGCUGCCGAGGCGGAGGACAGCCGGGAGGAAGGGCCCCAUCGAGCUCAACGUGCAGAUUGGUAUCGAGGAAGCCCUCCCCGACGCCCCCCUCGUCCUGAGUAUUGCAGAAGCACUUCGAAAUGACGGUGGGAAGGCAACGAAGUUGUCACUCCACAAUCUGGACAAUUCGGAGUACACGACCAGAGACCCUUGUAUAAGCAGUGUGGAUAAGUACGAUAGCUUUGAUGUCUCCCUACUGCUUUGUGAUGACGGUUUCAUCAGGAAGCUGAACAAGGAAUGGAGGGAUGAAGACCACGCGACGGACGUUCUGUCCAUGUCGCAGCAUAUCCCAGGGCUCCAUAUUCCCAUUGUUCAUGGAUUAUUGCAUUUAUUGGGCUUUGAUCAUGAACUCAGCGAGGAGGCUGAAGAAGAGAUGGAGAAGGAAGAAGAACAAAUAUUAAAUACUCUUGAAUGGAAAGGGAAAGGACUCAUUAGGAGUGCAUACCAUUUCUGUACUGAUAGGUCGCCCUUGCAGAUUAUUUUUAUGGAGAUGGUGAGUUGGCGAAGCAUCAAGAAGUAUACUGUUUAUGCUGGAUCUUACCAACUUCUAGCAAGUAACUUCUUUGCAAAAAUAUUAAGAACCGUGCUUCCACCAAUAGCAACCUUCAAGCUUCUUAAUUUAGAAGGUAGAGACGAUUUUAUAUCGGAGAGUUCACCUGGUAUAUUUCUACAGCCUAUGCAGGAGGAUAGGAUAGAAGGAAGUAAGUGCCGAGCCCUCAUCAUUGUCAGUCUUUAUACUUGUUUGAACAAUGGAACAAUGUUUGAACAUCCUUCCGUCGACUUGUUGCACACUGUGCACCGUGAAACCAAGGUAAAAGUGAUGCCUUCAGUUGAGGACCUUUUGGAAUAUUCAUCCAUUCAGAAGUUGCUGUUCCUUGGCGAUGCGGAGGAAGAUUUAUCUGUCCUCAGACAACGUUGCUCGGGACUAACGGAAGGGAAAGCAUGUGUUGUCAAAGAGCAGCUAAAUGCACUUGAGAUUGUUCCCCUUAAUGCUUCAAAAGGUGGUGGUCUAAGGGUUCUACUUGAUCAUCUCGGAAUAACUGAAGACUCUGAUCUUGAAGCCAUUGGAGACUACCAGAUGGCUAAGCAAUAA